AUGCCCCCCAGGUCUCUUUCCAACCUCUCCUUGCCCGCGGAGGCGAAUGAGAGCGAGCUGGUUCCCAAGGAGUGGGAAAAAGAUUUCAUGCCGGGCUCAGACGGGACCACCGCGGAGUUGGUGAUCCGCUGUGUGAUCCCGUCCCUCUACCUAAUCAUCAUUACGGUGGGCUUGCUUGGCAACAUCAUGCUGGUGAAGAUAUUCCUCACCAACAGCGCCAUGAGGAGCGUCCCCAACAUCUUCAUCUCUAACCUGGCGGCUGGGGACCUGCUGCUGCUGCUGACCUGCGUUCCAGUGGACGCCUCCCGCUACUUUUUUGAUGAAUGGGUAUUCGGCAAGCUGGGCUGCAAACUCAUCCCCGCCAUCCAACUUACCUCGGUGGGGGUUUCUGUGUUCACGCUCACCGCCCUCAGCGCUGACAGGUACAGAGCUAUUGUGAACCCCAUGGACAUGCAGACUUCUGGCAUGGUGCUGUGGACCAGUGUGAAGGCUGUGGGCAUCUGGGUGGUCUCUGUGUUGUUGGCUGUCCCAGAAGCUGUGUUUUCGGAAGUAGCACGAAUUGGUAGCUUGGAUAAUAGCAGUUUCACGGCAUGCAUACCUUACCCGCAAACAGAUGAGUUGCAUCCAAAGAUUCACUCAGUGCUCAUUUUUCUUGUUUAUUUCCUCAUACCACUUGUUAUUAUAAGUAUUUAUUAUUAUCAUAUUGCAAAGACUUUAAUUAAAAGUGCACACAAUCUUCCAGGAGAAUACAAUGAACAUACCAAAAAGCAGAUGGAGACCCGGAAACGCCUGGCUAAGAUUGUGCUUGUUUUCGUGGCCUGCUUUGUCUUCUGCUGGUUCCCCAACCACGUUCUUUACUUGUACAGGUCUUUCAACUACAAGAAAAUCGACCCUUCCCUUGGUCACAUGAUAGUCACCUUAGUGGCCCGGGUUCUGAGUUUCAGCAAUUCCUGUGUCAAUCCCUUUGCUCUUUACCUGCUCAGUGAAAGCUUCAGGAAGCACUUCAACAGCCAGCUCUGCUGCAGGAGGAAGUCCUAUCCCGAGAGGUCAACCAGCUACCUUCUCAGCUCUUCUGCCGUGAGAAUGACUUCUCUGAAGAGCAACACAAAGAACAUGGUGACCAGUUCUGUCCUGUUAAAUGGGCAUAGUGCAAAGCAGGAGAUAGCACUGUGA